CAUUUUGUUGGAAAUAUUUUUGGUUUAAAAAUUUUAAAAUUGUUUUCCUUCUGGAAGAAAUAAUACAAUAUUAAAAAUUUCGGAAAUUUCUUCUUUCUGAUAAAAGAUAAUCAAUUUUAGUAAAAUUUAACUUGUACCUUUUUUGAAUAUUCGUAAAUUUAUUUUAUAUAAUUUUAGAUAUAUCCUGAACUUUAUCGAAAUUAAAAAUUUCCGUCAUUUAAAGAAACACGGUACUCUAGAUUAUUAAAUAUCAACGUAAUCCAAUUGGAUAAUAUUCCUUCAAAAUUAUUUUUCAUCGCUUGGAAUUUCUUAGUGGACAAUUUAAGAAAUACAUAUACAUAAUUAGAUGUCGUUCUUCGUUGAUAUCGUAACGGAGGAUUCCUUCUACGAGAAUCUCACGUUGGGUGUAGUGAAGAUUCUUGAGAGCUUCCCAUACGUAAAAAAUGUACGAGUCGACCGUAGAAACGGAUGUGAGACUAUGGCCAUUACCAACUGGGAGCAACGUCAUUGUGUUACGCUUCCGGAGAACAUUAGGAACUUCUACGCUGCAAUCGACGGUUUCCUGCUUCAGUGGAAUCUCGAGAUAGCAGGUGAAGAAUUUCCUGUAGGACGUAUGGAAAUUGGCACGCUUUCCUCUCUAAAGCGCUACACAAACAAUGCCAAAGAUCAUCAAACAGAUUCCGCCAAGCAAGAACUCCACACUGACACUCAUAAGCCAGAUAAUGAAGUUACUUCCAAUAGCAUAACUGACCUUGAAAAUCCAAAUUCAAUUAAUUUGCAAGAAAAUGACCAUAGUUGCAAGAUGUUUGAAAUCGCAAGAUGCUUCCCAGAGAGCGGAAUGGCCAAAGUUUAUUUAUUAUACCGUAUGAAACACGAAGAAGAGUCACCAACAAUCUGGUUGCAUCGAGAAGAUACUAAUAGAUGGUAUCAUUUGGCAAAUAAUUUCACCGUGUAUUUCCGUAUGAUGCUGGUCCAUUUGGGUUUGCCAUUGUGGCAGUCUUGCGUGUCUGGUUUGCCUCUGCCUCCAUGGGUCGAGCAAGUCUACUUUCUCAUUGGUCCUCAUCUACUUCCUUCCGCUGUUGAGCCCACGGAGACCAUUUCUACUACCAUAUGGAAUAACGGGCCCAUAAAUGUUAUCGAUCCAGCAAUUUUUAAAGGGAAGGAAGGAAAGCAGAAGAGCUCCAAGAAAAAGUAAUUUGUAUGAUCUUGUGGUCUUAUCUGGUAGUAGUUAUUGGAAUCUCUAUAGCUAAAUGGAGUUCCCAAGUAGAUAAAAUUGAUAUUCAAGUUUAGUGGAAUCUCUUCUAAUGAAAGAUCUUGUUGUACUUUGCAGAUGAAACCUUUCAUAAUCAUAUUUGUAUUGCUAUGAUAGAAUAGAAGCCUGCUAUAUAAUUAUAUAAAGAAAUAAAUAUUGGUAGUAAAAGACUAAUACAACUCUAUUGAA